AGGCUUGCUUGCAUCCUUCUCUCUCCUCCAAAAACCCUUACCUCACUCAAGAAUUCAGCUUGACUUGAUCUGCUGACUGCUGCAAUGGACGGACACUCUUCUCACCGAACCGCUCCUGCAGCUCUCAAACUCCGUCGCCGUCGCACUCAGCCUCCGCCUCUGCCACCUCUUCUGUCCACAACCGCAAGCUGGCCGCAGCUGCAUCUGAGGACCACGCGCUCCCUUCCUCCUUCCCUCCCUCAUCCUUCUCGGCUGACACUCAUGAUGGUGCGCUGACAUCAAUCGACGACCUGGAGAGCAUUUCCGCUCGCGGAGCUGAUCCUGAUUCGGAUGCCGAUGACUCAGAGGACGCCGUUGUAGAAGAUGAUGAGGAUGAAUUCGAUCACGAUAAUGAUUCCUCCAUUAGAAACUUCACUGCUGCUCGUCUCGAGUCUGGCCCUGCUCGGAAGAACAAGAUCAAGACUGAGAGCUCAAAUGUUAAAAUUGAGAAUGCUGAUGGCAGGAAGCAUGGUGGAGGCCCCGGGUCAGUUUCAGUACUGACCACGGGUUCCGCAGCAGCAGCAGCAGCAGCAGCUAACUCAGUGUCCGGAAUGGCUGUGAAGGAAGACUCAGUGAAGAUAUUUACCGAGAAUAUACAGACCAGUGAAGCUUAUAUUGCCAGAGAGGAGAGCUUGAGAAACGAGAUUAAUUCUCUUUAUAAAACUGUGCUUGUGUGCCAUCAAGUUAGUUUAGUUGUAAUGAACCAGCAUUAUGCACUACAUGGUGUCGUUCUCGAAGGCUUUACAAUUUCUUCUGUAGUUUGAAUAGAUUUCUUGUGGCUGA